GAGGUGUCGAACAGGAAUAUCAAGAUCGUGACUGUUUUACCAGGACCUAUUGCAACUAAUAUCAGGAUUCAUUCUCUCAGGGAUACUUCUGAUCCUGAUGCACCAAAAGUAGACCUGAAACAAAGCAAGCCGAUGUCAGCUGAACGCUGCAGCUAUCUUAUGACCGUUGCCAUGGUGAACAACGUGAAGGAGGCUUGGAUCUGUAAUUCGCCCAAUCUAAAGCAAUUCUACCUCGCUCAAUACAUGCCGUCACUUUAUGAAUGGCUUUACSAAGGUUGAGAAUGCUUUCACAAGUGUAGAUCACUCACGACUGUUAGGAGUAUAUAUCAGAUAUAUUGAUAAUGAURAAUGGUGAUAACGCAUGUAGUUUAGUGAAGAAAGCAAGUAACAGGUAAAUCGCAAGCCUGGUUCACACGAGCAACGCAAACCCAAACGCAACCAAU